GUCGAACUCCCAGAACCCCACCCGAGACGACGAAGCCCUCUCUCGUUUUCUGUCUUUCCGAAUUGUCACUCUCCCUGCCCUCUGUUUGAGAAUCUUUGCCUUAGCGUCAUUUUCUUCUCUACAAUUUCGUAGUCUUUGGAAAUCCAUCCGAGACUGGUCUCUAGCUUCGUCCUCUUCUGAUAUGGAGGUUGAAGCCCGUUCUUUAGCUUCUUCUUUCCCUUACUCUCUUGAUAAAAUUGACAUUUCCCGAGAUUUCCUACCCCAUGAUUCGCCUGACAUGCCGUCGACGGGGAGUGAUGGUGUAAAAUCUGGUGGCCUUCAUUCUCCGGAAUCCGGUGAUCGGAAAUGUGAGGAAUUUGAAAUGCCGAUGUUGAGUGAUGAGGAUGGUAUGAUGGAUGCCACCGGGAAUUCGCCAGUGGUGCAGGUGGAGGUGGAAGUGGAAGAGGAAGUAUCUGAAGGCGCAUGUUCUGAUAAAGCGGCUGUGAAGCUGCAGAAGGUGUAUCGUAGUUAUCGCACCCGGCGCAGGUUAGCUGACUCUGCUGUCGUGGCGGAAGAGCUCUGGUGGCAAGCAAUAGACUAUGCGAGAUUGAACCACAGUACGAUUUCCUUCUUCAAUUUCUUUAAACAAGAAACUGCAGUUUCUAGGUGGAAUCGUGUUACCUUGAAUGCUUCCAGGGUGGGAAAGGGAUUAUCCAAAGAUGACAAAGCGCUAAAAUUGGCUUUUCAGCAUUGGAUUGAAGCUAUUGAUCCAAGGCAUCGUUAUGGGCAUAACUUGCAUAUAUAUUACGAAGAGUGGUGUAAGACAAAUUCUGGUCAACCAUUUUUUUACUGGUUGGACAUAGGAGACGGUAAAGAGCUUGAUCUCCAAGAGUGUCCAAGGUCAAAGCUCCGGCAACAAUGCGUUAAGUAUCUAGGACCUCAAGAGAGAGAACAAUACGAGUAUAUUGUUGCUGAGGGAAAAAUUACACAUAAACAAACUGGGAUCCUCCUUGACACAUCCAAUGGACCAAUGGGAGCCAAGUGGAUAUUUGUUAUGAGCACCUCUAAGAGGCUGUAUGCUGGUGAGAAAAAGAAAGGAAUUUUCCAUCAUUCAAGCUUCUUGGCCGGAGGAGUGACAUUAGCUGCUGGAAGAUUAACUGUAGAGAAUGGAACUCUUAAGUCCAUUUCUCCAUAUAGUGGACACUACCGGCCAACAGAAGAUAGCUUUGAAAGCUUUUUAUCCCUUCUCCAGGACAAUGGUGUGAACCUUGAUGAAGUCCAGAUAAACAAGGCCAGUGAAGAUUCUGAUGUCUAUGAUGAUGGCAAAUUCAGCACAAGUGAGACAAUGAUUGAAGUGUUAAGCAGAUCGGAGCCUCCCAAACUUGACAUUCUCAAUGAAGAGAGGGAUUCCACCUCAGAACCAUCAGAAGUUGCACAAACUAAAAGCAGAGGUGAAUACACAAGGACUUUGUCUGGUGGUCUUCAAAGCCCUAGAGCCGAAGUACCAAAGAAUGCAAUCUUGCACAGAAUCAAUUCUAAGAAGGCAGCAAAAUCUUACCAAUUGGGUCACCAACUCUCUCUCAAGUGGUCAACCGGAGCUGGGCCGAGAAUCGGGUGUGUGGCUGACUACCCAGUAGAAGUUAGGCUACAAGCUUUAGAAUUUGUUAACCUAUCUCCAAGAAGAUCUCCUACUCCGUCUUCCUACAGGCAGAUCGCUGGUCUUGCAUCACCUACAGCUCAAUUCACAAUAGGCAUCCCCAAUGGUGAUGGGACUUCUUACAUCUAAAUUUUCCUUGUAAUGCUUUUAGCCUAGUGGAUAACUCUAGCGAAUGUAAAUAGUUAGUAUUUUCUUUAUGUCCCCAGGAAUCAUCACCUAAGCUGCAUACUUCUACUUUGCAUAAUUGCUAGAUUGCUUUUUGAUCCA